CAUGGACGCUCGAGCUGCGCCGAGAUUCUGAGGGGAAACAUUGUAGCGGCGCGGGAACACAGAUAAAAGAAAGCGAGCGCGCUUUAAUCAUCUCACUCGCUUUCUAUCAGGAAACAUUAGGCUCCUUCAGCAGUCAGAGUAAUGACCAUGCUGGGCAUGUACGUGCCAGACAGGUUCGCUCUGAAGUCCUCCAAAGUCCAGGACGGAGUCGGGCUGUACACUGCGAGGCGAGUCAAGAAGGGAGAGAAGUUCGGCCCGUUCGCGGGCGAGAAGAGGAUGCCUGGUGAUCUGGAUGAGAGCAUGGACCCGAGGCUGAUGUGGGAGGUUCGAGGAAACAGAGGUGACGUGCUGUACAUACUGGAUGCCAGCAACCCCCGACAUGCUAACUGGCUGCGCUUCGUGCACCAGGCGCCGUCUCAAGAGCAGAAGAACCUGGCUGCCAUCCAGGAUGGAGAGAAUAUCUUUUACCUCGCCGUUGACGACAUUGAGACAGAUACGGAGCUCCUCAUCGGCUACCUGGACAGCGACAUGGAGGAGGAAGAGGAGGACGAGAUCGUUAAAGAUGAAGAAGAGGACAUCAAAGAGGCCAAGAGUGUCAGCACUCAACCAGAGUCAGCAAUAAAGCAGGAAGAUCACCCGUGUCUGCUGUGUGAGAGCAGUUUCCCCAGCGAGGAGGUUCUGGCUGAACACCUGCAGAGUUUACACCAGAGAGCCAGCGCCGAGGAGAAGGAGUUCAAAUGCCGCAACUGUGGCAAAGAGUUCCCUGUCAAACAGGCACUGCAGCGCCACGUCCUUCACUGCACUGAGAGUUCUGCUUCAGUAGGAGAUGCAUCUCGGGUUCACCAGUGUGCCCUCUGUCACUGCUCCUUUAACUCAGAGUCAAGUUUCGAGCAGCAUAAGGAAGCCUGUAAAGGAGAAGCCAGGUUUAUCUGUAAGGCGGAGAGCUGCGGAAAGAGAUUCAAAAGCAAAGACGCUCUGAAGAAGCACAAAAGCAAUGUUCACACAGGCAGCACUCGCAGGAAACUUAUAUGCACCAUCUGCAAUAGAAAAUGCUCAUCUUCAGUCAACCUGCAGGAGCACCGCAAGAUUCACGAGAUAUUCGACUGUCCUGCAUGUGACAAAAAGUUCAUCUCAACCAAUCAGCUGAAGCGGCAUAUGAUCACACAUUCAGAGAAGCGACCCUAUACUUGUGAGAUCUGCAACCGCAGCUUUAAGCGCUUGGACCAGGUGACAGCUCAUAAAAUCAUCCACAGCGAGGACAAACCAUAUAAGUGCAAGCUGUGCUGGAAAGAGUUUGCUCACCGCAACGUCUACAAGAACCACAAAAAGACCCACUCAGAGGAGAGGCCAUUUCAGUGUGAGGAGUGUAAGGCUCUGUUCCGGACACCGUUUUCCCUCCAGCGCCAUCUCCUCAUCCAUAACAGUGAGAGGACGUUCAAGUGCGACCAGUGCGACGCCACGUUUAAACGCAAGGACACACUGAAUGUACACAUACAGGUGGUGCAUGACGGGCACAAGAAGUACAAGUGUGACCUGUGCGAGAAAGCCUUCGUCACUCCAUCUGUGCUCAAAAGCCACAAGAAGACUCACACCGGAGAGAAGGAGAAGAUCUGUCCGUACUGCGGUCAGAAGUUCGCCAGCAACGGGACGCUGAGAGUGCACAUUCGCAGCCAUACAGGUGAACGCCCUUACCAGUGCCCAUACUGUGACAAGGCCUUCAGCAAGAACGACGGGCUGAAGAUGCACAUACGUACACACACUCGGGAGAAGCCGUAUAAAUGCAGCGAGUGCAACAAGGCCUUCAGUCAGAAGCGCGGUCUGGAUGAACACAUGCGCACACACACCGGAGAGAAGCCCUUCCAAUGUGACGUUUGCGACCUGUCGUUCAGCCUGAAGAAGAUGCUGAUCCGACACAAGCUCACCCACAAUCCCAACCGGCCCAUGGCUGAGUGCUCGCUCUGCCACAAGAAGUUCACCCGCAACGACUACCUCAAAGUGCACAUGGAGAACGUCCACGGGGAGACGGAGGGGUAGAUCCGGGUCACAUGUCUCUGAAUACGGACCAUCUCUCUCUCUCUCUCUCUCUCUCU